AUGCCCUACCACUGCCCCUCUACUCAUCCUUCAAGGCAACAUAAAUUCCUGGAAUACAUUAGAUGCUCAGCUGGACAGGGGUCUAACUUCUUUCCUGAUGGUGUUUUUGGCUACAGCAUCACAGCCACAGCUGCCAGCAUUGGAGCGGCUGGAGUGCCCCAGGCUGGCCUGGUGACCAUGGUGAUUGUGCUGAGUGCUGUGGGCCUGCCUGCUGAGGAUGUCACCCUGAUCAUCGCUGUUGACUGGCUCCUGGACCGGUUCAGGACCAUGGUCAACGUCCUUGGCGAUGCUUUUGGGACUGGCAUCGUGGAAAAGCUGUCUAAGAAGGAGCUAGAGCAGAUGGACGUUUCAUCUGAAGUUAACAUUGUGAAUCCUUUUGCCUUGGAAUCUACAGUACUUGAUAAUGAAGACUCAGACACCAAGAAGUCCUAUGUCAAUGGAGGCUUUGCAGUAGACAAGUCUGACACCAUCUCAUUCACCCAGACCUCGCAGUUCUAGAGCCCUGACUUCAGAUGACUGGAGUGACAGAGGACAAUCUCUUAAUGAAUCCAAACACUUAGAAGAAAAACAAAAUAAUAAUCAGCUGUACAUUUAGUUUGAUAUACAGAACUCUAGAUUAUUUUCUAUAUAUUUGGUUUGAUAAGCCUUUGCUGUCUAAAUUUUAGGAUUGGGAUGGGGUAAAAAGAAAAAAAUCUCAAAAAGAAGUUGUAUCUUCUGGCUUUUAAAAAUUCUUUCAAAAGCUUGGAAGUGCAUAAAAUGUUGGAAGUAGGUAAUAGUGGAGGGUAAAUUGUUUUCUCUAUUGUAGACCAGUAUCUUGGAUUUUAAAAAAGAAAUUCUCUCAUUGGCUACAAAUUUUUACUCAGGCUUUUAUCGGUGUGGCUUUCCUUUGACCUCUCACUUUAUAGAUUAUAAUGCAUCUAAACAACCCCAUCUAGUUAAUGUGCCAAAUUGUCCAUUUUGAACUCAUCUCCAGCCGAUUUAAAAAAAAAGUGCUAAAAAAAAAAAAC